AUGGAUGACUUCUAUCGCAGUGUUCUCAAGUAUACCGAGGAGAACGAUGCCAUGCAAAACCCCGCACUUCGAUACAAGCCGAUGCCCUUGCGGCUUGUCGCGCCGGAGAAUAAGACCCAUGAGGAGGAUGAGGAUGAUGAUGAGGAUGAAGAACUGGUCAGUAGCGGCGGUAUCCAGGGGCAUCGCUACGAUACCCGCAACGCCAAAGGAAAGGGAAAGCAGAAGCAGGCGACUACCGACGAAGACAUGAACACAUCGAGUGAGGACGAAGAGGACCAACCUUUAUACGUGUGCGUCCGCCGGCAGGGUACAAGCCCAUACUACCUCAUCGCCGAAGACGACAAUCUCUUCCUUGUUCGUUAUGAACACGCUGGAGAAUGGGACCGCAUGCUGAAAGAAGGCCCCAAAGGCAACCUGAACUCCUUUACCUUUAACAGCGCUUCCCGUGUUGAGCUAUCUUCCUUCCCCAAAGGCUUCAGCAUCCGACUAAUCGACUGUGGCAUGACCUCGAAGAAGAAGCCGGCGAACGCUCCAGUCGGUACCACGAAUCGCGAUACGCUUGACGACAACACCUUUCAUCUACUACACCCAGAGACAAAUAGGCUGAAGCACCGUGAGUACUAUUACUCUUACAAUAGGCACGACAACUCGGUCGAAGAGGCGAAGAUGUAUCCAAAAUGGGACUACGGAAUCGCUAAGUAUAACGAGAGCGUGUUGGAUGAGUUUCUGAAUGCGCUGCAGGAUCUAGUGUUGGAUGCCGCUGGCUCGUGGACCGACAACAGGCCUUGA